CACUCACAGAAUGUCAAGAGAAAAACAAAUACUGGAUGCUUUGACAACCUCUCCUCGUGCUUUGACCUCGAUGGGCAUUGUCAAAAUUAUUUAUAAAGAUGUGCCUGAGGCUCUUUGGCCCAUGGCAGAGAACAAUGUCAAGCUUCAUCUGGAGAAACUUCGCAAAGAAAAUAAAAUAGUAAUUGAAGCAAGGCCAGGGGCAGAUGAUUUACACUGGAAAGCUGUGCCAUCAAAGAUAUAACAUUUCUAUUAAUAACACUGACAAAUUUUUUAAUGUUUUUUUUUACCAUUCAGAGAGAGGAAAAUCAUGAAACUGAUAAUUGGUGUAUAAUAGUAAUAAUUACAUAUGUUGUCAUAAUUAUAUUGUGUAAUAUAUAAAUGAUACAUUUUUGUUCUUUGCUGAAA